GAGGACAGCUUUGUUGAUAGUGAAGCAAGGGAGAUUGAAGAAGGAUUUCGCGCUACGUGCUCAGGGGCGCUGGCCAGUCUGUGUCACAAGCGUCACUAUGAUAUGCUGAUGGACAAGGGGCACUCCAAACGCAGCGCUAGUAGCAUAAAUGGGCAUCUCCUCAACCGCCUCUCGGGACAGUCGUGGACAAGGGUGCAUGCCAUUUUGAACAGGGAUAUCGGCCUCAUGAGCGCAAACUGGGCUGCCCCUCUGCUGCAUAAUGACGCGUACAUUCUGAGAGAGAGCUCUCAGGAGGAUUUACCUUCGGCGGAGGAGGGUACCCGAUUUGCCAGAAACCUUUUACUGGAUCAUCAUGCCAGCAAGGGUGAUGACUCAGGACGUGUUGCAGAGGCUCUUAUCCGAUGUACCAAAUACAUGCACAUCAAUGAGGCAUUCAAGUUCUUGUUGCGUUCCAUGCCAGCGGAAUCUCGCACUGUCUUUGUAAUUUGGCUUGCGCAGCAGCGUGCCAGCAAAAAGCGCAAGAGGCCAGGCAAUCAAGAGCAGUAG